UUUAACCAACCGCCAUUGUCUUCCUACAUUCUUCAAUCAAAUUCUGAUAACCUCAUCAAAUCUAUUGUCUGCAUCGACCGAUUCAUUCUCUGUUCAUAAUCUCAUCAAAUCUCUCGUGGGCAUUCCUCAAAAUCUCAUCUUGUUACGGAAAUAUGGAGGAUCAGCUCAGACAAUUACAUGCCAUAUUCGACCGGUUCGACAUGGACUCGGACGGGAGCUUAACCGUCCUAGAACUCGCGGCCUUGCUCCGCUCGCUCGGCCUCAGACCUUCCGGCGAUCAGAUCCACGUCCUGUUAGCCAGCAUGGACGCAAACGGCAACGGAUCCGUGGAAUUUGAGGAGCUCGUCGGGGCAAUCCUCCCCGACAUGAACGAGGAGAUCUUCGUGAACUCGGAGAAGCUGCUCGAGAUUUUCCAGUCUUUCGACAGGGACGGGAACGGUUUCAUCAGCGCGGCGGAGCUCGCGGGCGCAAUGGCGAAAAUGGGUCAGCCCCUGACGUAUAAAGAGCUCACGGAGAUGAUCAGAGAGGCCGACACCAACGGAGACGGCGUCAUAAGCUUCGGAGAGUUCGCUUCAGUCAUGGCGAAGUCCGCAUCCGAAUUCUUCGGUAUCCCUUUCACUUCAUGACAGUUAUAUGUCUGACCACAAACAGUAGAAAAGAUUUGUAAAAUUUCCUUCUUCUUGGUUCAUAUCAGAAUCAGUCUCCAC